UGCGCGAGACUCUGUUGCGACUGCGCAUGCGUCAUGUUAGCUCUCCUAUGUAUACAUUGGUACUCACGCGCAUCCUGGGGCCAUAAAUACAUCUUUAUGUAUACAUGCGCACGUGCGCGUAUCUCAGCAUCUCUCUGACGUCCGUGAAGGAGACGCGCUGCGCGUUCCCGGGUCUCCUGCUGCUCCCGCAGACAGGUGGAGCGCGAGGCAGACAGAGGAGGAUGCGCGCGCCCAGCCGCAGCUGCAGCCUGCCGUGAUCACCUCACAGAGGAGCGCGAGGAGCGGACCGGAACCAUGAGCUGCAACUGGGGAGCCGAGCUGUGGGUACGUGAACUGGUCUCCGCCGAAUCCGGUGUCCCGGUACCGGAGCGGUCUGCUCCUAACCGGGCGGUCCAUCAUUCCUUUGUGUACGGGUGAGGGCCUCGUGCUUCUGGCUGCUCUGCCAUAGCAACACGGCGGGUGACGUCAGCGCGCUGCAGCAUCAUGGAGGAUGCGGAUUGGGGGACUUUUUCUUAGGAUAACGCAGGAUCAGUUCGAUAACCUGGAGAAACACACCAGCUGGGGAAUCGACUUCCUGGAGCGAUACACCAAGUUUGUGAAGGAGCGAGCUGACAUCGAGCUGAGCUAUGCUAAACAGAUCAGGAGUCUGUCUAAGAAGUACCAUCCAAAGAGGAGCAGGGAGGACGAGAGCAGGUACACCUGGUGUUUGGGUUUUGCCGCAACUCUCCAGCAGCUGAGCGAGAUGGCCGUUCAGAGAGAGGAGCUGGCCGAGAACCUGAGCUCGCAGAUCGCCUGUGAGCUGAUGCGGUACACCCAGGAGCUAAAGGCAGAGAGGAAGACGCAUUUCCAAGAUGGCCGCCGUGCUCAGCAGCACAUGGAGAGUUCCUGGAAACAGCUAGAGUCUAGUAAACGUCGCUUUGAACGGGACUGCAAAGAGGCGGAGAGAGCCCAGCUGGUCUCAGACAGAAUCGACCUGGACAACAAGACGGACGGCGAGAAGCGCUGCUCCCUGAAGGCUCGUCAAACCGCUCAGCAGAAACAUCAAGCUGCCGAUGAGUCCAGGAAAGACUAUGUGACCAGUUUAAACCAGUUCAACCAGGACCAGCAUCAGCACUACCACACACUGGUACCAGUUAUAUACCAGCGCAUUCAGGACAUGGAGGAGCGGCGGAUUGAGAGAAUCAGCGAAGCGAUGCGCCUGUCAGCGGAGGCUGAGAGAAAAGUGCUUCCUGUCACCAGUCGCUGUCUUGACGCCAUGGUGGACGCUGCAGAAAGCAUCCAGCCUCGGAAGGACACACGGCAGGUAGUGGAAAUGUACAAAUCUGGCUUUGACCCUCCAGGAGAUGUAGAGUUUGAAGAUUACAGCACCUCCAUGAGGCGGAGCAUCUCUGAAUCCAGUUACCUCGACAACCGGACUGAAGGUCGAAGACACAGCAGGAAACUGUGGCCUUUCUUACGAAAAAACAAGCUGUUGACCCUCCUGUCCUCGCCUCGGCAGCCUCCACCUCCACCUCCCACAUCGCCUUCACCUGGGGGUGUGGCUAACAGCCCCCAGUCACCAACUCCGGCUUCUAGAGAGCCAAUCACACAGCGGCUCAAUGACCUCAUGAGUUCUGGUUCCAGAACAAGAAAGCAAUGCCUCCGCAGCAUCAAGAGAGGGGUCGGACAGCUGUCGCUGAAACUGGGUUCCAGUCCGGCAGACUGCAGCCACCUCCCUGCUGAGCAGCGGCGUAAGAAGCUCCAGACGAGAAUCAACAACAUCAACCAGGAGAUCCAGAGGGAAAAAGAGCAGAAAGACGCUCUGUUGAAGAUGAGGGAGGUGUAUGAGCGGAGCCCUCAGAUGGGCGAUGCCAGCAGUCUGGAGCCUCGGCUGGAGGAGGUGAAGCAGAAUCUGCAGAAGCUGGAGGAGGAGCUGAAGAGGAACCAGCUGUGGAUGUCUGAGGUGGACAUCAGGUUGUCUGACCACAGUGGCAGAAGGCAGAGUGCAGGUUGUGGGUUGAAUUCUCAGGCAACGACCCCUGGCAGCAGCAGCUUGAAACAGCUGGAUAAUCGUAACCCAGCUAGCAGAGAAAGCCCUGAUGGGAGUUACACCGAGGACCACAGUGCAGAGCUUCACUUCAAGUCUCGCAGCUCAGAGUUUGAUGACGACUUUGAUGAUGAAGAGCCCUUACCCAGCAUCGGCACCUGCAAGUCUCUGUACCCCUUUCAAGGUCAGAAUGAAGGCACUCUGUCGAUGGUGGAGGGGGAGCUACUUUCUGUGGUGGAGGAGGACAAAGGCGACGGUUGGACCAGAGUGCGGAGGAACCUGGAAGAGGAGGGAUAUGUUCCCACCUCCUACAUCAAGGUCUUUCUGGAGACCAGCGCUAAAGGCUUUGUGCAGAAUAGUCGGCUAGUCUAGCACAGUAUUCCACCAGUGAGGACGCCUGGACGCAGGAAGUGAUGCAGAGAGCUCAGAGGAAGUCUGCUGACAGCUUGUCACUUAUUCCCGCCAGUCAGGUGGCAGACGGAUAAAAUUCUACAAUCUGACCUGAUCAGACCUUUUAAAUGUUUUCAUGAAAAUUUAUCUUGUGAUCAAAAAGUGAACCCUCAUCUGAAAAGCAUCAUUCACCCUUUUUUGUGAAGAAGUAUUUGCUGAAGUGGCUCUGGAGGAGCCGGAGAACCCCCGAGCUCCCCAGGUCCUGGGAGUUAGAGAGGGGAGGAAGAGGAGGAAGCUUGUUUUUGGCGUGCCUCGCUGCAGAGAAGUCCCGGCGUGGCGUCUCUGCGGAUGCAGGCCGCUUUAAACCCUUUACAGGAAACUGCUUGUAAAUAGUACUCGUACGCGUAGGCCCGCCCCCGCUGACCCUCUCUGCUAUGCCCAAACAGUAACCAGCCAGUGUAGGCUCCGCCCCCGACCCCGUCCCUGCUUGUAGGUCACUGAACAUGUUAUUGAUUCAAAAUGUGAAAAGUGGAUUUUAUUUGAUUCUUUUCAUAUUUAACAGUGAGCUGUUGAUUCUUUUAUUAUUAUGUUUUUUUACUGAGAGGUGAGGCGACCGGUCAGCUGCUUUUUAACCUGCUGUAUGUUCUAUUUUAAAAUAAAGUGCAUUUUGAGUUUUA